AUGCCUGGAAUUGACAGCCGUUCAGUGUCUGAAUCCGUUACGGUUAAUGGGGAAUCUACAGACAGGAUGGCGGACGAGACUCGAGCAACUACACAAUCUCUACCCAGUAAUGCUAAGGAAUCUCAUCAGGAGAAAUCAACCGCCUCAAAUGGCCAGAAAGCGGAUGGAGAUACAGACCCGGGGGCCAGUCCUCGCAACUCCGGUGCCAGCGGACUUGAUGAGCACAAGGGAAACGAGAUGCCAGCCUAUGAGUCUCCUUCGAACAGUCGAAAGCGUAUUAACAUGAAGCAGCUGUCUCAGCAAUUAUCGAAUGGCCAGAAGCCCAUUGCAGCGCAUUCGAAUUAUGUUUCGCCAAACGGGAUACCUCACUCUGAGCUAGGACUUCCUUAUACUGUCGUCUCCGCCAUAACUCGACGACAGCUCGAAGCCAAUGAACUACCUCCAUCUCGUCGUGUGAUGUUUGAGGAUAACACUGAUCCAAAUCAAGGUCCAGGAUACAUAUCCCCAGACCAACUUUACGAGAUCCGAGAUUGUACAAAUGGUAAAGGUCGUGGCAUGUUCGCAAAGGUCAAUAUCAAGAAGGGCCAGCUGAUCAUGUUUGAGCACGCGUUAAUCACACUUUACUUCUACAAAACGGUCAUCAAAUGGUCCAAGGAUAUUGCAGAAGCGUUGGACAAAGUUGGGAGCACAUUCGACCGUGCGGCUCGUAAGGCAUCUAGUACUCACAAGAGCGAUGAAAUGGCCGAAAGACCGCUAUCCAUGACGGCUACAGCCUUGAGCUCUACAUCUACGUCGUUUCAGCCCACAAUUUCCGAAGCAAUGGCUUCUGGAGACGGUAGUAAUAAUUCACGAAAGCUUAUUUCCAAAGCCAGCCAAACCCUAACCAGCAAGGCUAAUCGCCAUUAUGAUCAUCAUUACAAAAUGACACGUCGAUCGAGGUCAUUGAAGCUUCUCAAGAUGAUGUUAGUGAUGAGCAAGACAUGGAAACUGUAUCACAAGCACCCAUUCUUUAUCUUGGUGAAGAUUUCGAAUACAAGGAAGAUGAUGAUACACAAACUCUAG